AUGCGGUCUAUCACGGAGUUCGGUAUCAAGGGCGAAGUCUAUCACCCCCUUCGUGUGGACUCGGGGGCCUCGUCUCUUGACCCGGUUGAUCCUCCGCGCGACAGGGAGAAGGCGGGCAUCGGGACGCUGGAGGAGCUGCACCACCACAUCUUCCGCCUGCUGGCGAACACUGCAGACCCUCACCGCCUGGCGCGGACGAAGCUCCUCCUCCAGCGCUACAACGGCCAAGACUGGCGCCUGUGGAAGCAGCGGCUCUCUCGAGAUGCGAAGCGGGCUCACGCCUACAGCCGCUCGGCGGUCUGGAAGCAUCCAGGUUGCUUCCAGUUGCUCAUCCUCACGUGGGCGCCAGGGUGCUGCUCGCCGAUUCACAAUCACCCCUGCGAGCGGUGUUUCCUCAUGCCGCUCCACGGCACCAUGGCAGAGGCCCGCUUCUGGGUCGACGAAGAAAGCGAACAAUGCACCGAAAUCUGCCGCUCCACGAUGAAGACUCACACCGCCUACUGGAUUGACGAUUCGUACGGCUGGCACGCCGUGAUGAACCUGGGCAGCGAAGACGCGGUCUCGCUUCACCUUUAUAUACCAGAGAUCGUCAGAUGCAAAAUGGUGCACCCUGUGACGCACGGCAUCCGGUGGACGUCAUGUGCCUCAGACACUCGCGACGCGCCGCCGGCCGCCCACCAGCGGCUACUCCGCAUUUUAUCUCGCGCGCUGGCGGAGCGAAGCGCAGACAGCGACGGCUGCAGAGGCGAGUCGCUGGAAGGCUCGCUGGCGCGCUGUCUCCUCUCUGCGUUCGGCUGGGAUGAAGACUGCGCCCGCCGACGCCACGCCGGAGAUUCUGUGGAGAAGGAAAAACUGGCGACCCGCGACGAUGCCGAAGGCUGGAGUCUGGGCGGAGGGCGCAUGCACUGGAGUUUCGCAGAUCAUCGGGCGGAUGCCCACCAGCUUAGGGACCUGUUUUGCUUCGAGAGAAACGCGGAGCCCUUUGUCGACGAAAGGCUCCUCCACGCGAUUCAAACAGUCGUGGAGCUCUGCACAGGACGCGCAGGCGCCGUAGAGCGACCCGCGCAGCACGCCGCGCGGCAGCACGCGAAGGGAGUUUUCCCCGACUCUCGAGCGCGCUACGGCUUCCGCCGCGGCUCGCGCCGCCACACCGUGAGCCAGUCGCCGGCGCUCUUUUCGCUGGUAUCCUCGCCCUCGCCGAGUCCAACCUCGGAGGGCGACGACGAGGACGCAGCGGGCUGCGUGUGGGAUGGAUGGCGGCAGGCGCCGCAGCUGGCGAGCGUCGCGGGGUGCCUCGCUCGACUUCUCCUUCCUCGCGGCGAGACCGUCUCCGCGGGAGCGCUGCAUCUGGGCUUCGCGUCGGGGGGGUCUGUCUCCACAGACGGCUGUCGUCGCGAGUCGGGCUUGGGGUCGCUGUCGCUCGCCCUCUCCGCGGCGCCCUCCCCUCUGGCGGCCUGCGAGACGCUGGCGCUUCUCGACGCCGCCAUCCUGAGCCACGUGGCGGGCUUCUUCCGCGAGAACGAACAAGUCGCGGCGGCUCCAGGGCUGCUGGAGGGGAGCGCGGAAAACUGGCCUACGCGCGUGGUGCUCUUCGACUGUGCGUCGCCUGUGAGGGGGGGAAGUCGGUGCAGCACGUAUUACCGGAUGCGCCGAGCAGCCGCGAGGCACUUACCGCAAGAGGCAGAGGAGGGAGCGGGAGCGCAGGAGAGCCUCAGCAACGUGCGAGGUCCGUGUGCGGAAGACAGUCGCGGGGAGGCCUUUCCGCGGAUGAGUCAGGAAGUUCAGACGGUCCUCCUCCACGCGACGCUGCGUGAUCUCUAUUAUCCGCCUGGCGACUCCGUCUCGCCUCCGUCGCUCUAUCCCGCGGCGCUUGAUCUGCCUGCGGCCGCUGAGCGACUCCAGCAGCGGACUCCCUGCGGUCGCAGCGAGGAGGACGCGACGGGCGAACGCCAAGCAGCCGCGUGGGAGGCGGCGAGCCCGCGGAGCGCUGAGGAGGUGAGAGGGGUUGGGGGCAAGCCGCCGCCGUGGGAAAGCGAGGACGCGCAUGCGAAAGGCGCUGCGAGCCCGCCUGGAAGGGGGGACACGCCGCGAACACCGGGGGAGGGGCGGCUCUCUCGCCGCGCGCCUCUGUGCGGCGUUUGGAUGGAAAGCGAAGUCCGCGCCAUCCUCGACGUCUUUCGCCUGGCGCGGCACAGCCCCGGCCCUGCGAGGCCUCUCUGCAUCUUCGCAUGCAGCGGCUCGCCGUAUCUCGGGGCUCUCUGCGAAGCAGCGGCGCUGGCUGGCUACGAGCGCGACCGCAUCGUGGAAGUCGCGCAGACGCCCGACGGCGGCGUGAUGAGUGUGACCUGUCUGCAGGAGAAGAUACUCAAUUGCCGACGAAGGGAGGUCGUUCGGCGGCCGCCGAAAGCCUCUGCGGGCGGUGGGGCUGAGGCAGACGGCAGGAUCAUCAGAGAGGGGGAACACGACAGCGGAGUGCGGACAGACGAGUCAUGCGCUGCAUUCAUGAUCUUCGCUUCGGCGGGACGCAGCGGAGCUCUGGGCGGCUUCGAUGACUUUCUUGCUCUUCGACGUCUCGCCGAUCAAAUAGACGCGUGGCUGCACAUCGAUGGCGUGGCGGGGGGGUCGUUCGUCUUCCCGAGGGAGCAACCUUUUCAGGCUUUAUGUGCGGGCAUCGGUCUGGCGGACUCGCUCACCUGGAACGCUCACGCCUUUCUGCGCGCGGCAGAUGACCCUGCUUCUCCUGUCGCUCUGUUCUGCCGGCAAGACGCGUUGCCUCUCCUCUCCAGUACGCAUUUAAAUUCGGCUUCUCCGCCCGCGUGGCUCUCUGCGCGGAAAAGUCUCGCCCGUUUCGCUCGUCCGGCUCUUGGCUCUGUUCCGCUCCUGCAGCUGCCAUGGCGAGCAGACUGCAUAGGCCGCAGUUUCCCACUGUGGUGUUUGUGGAGGAAGCUGGGAGACAUCGGCGCAGCCAAUCGCGUGCGGCAGGUGUACCUUCGGUGCCGGCAACUGAUGCUCCUUCUGUCGCACUUCCCCAAGCGCGUGAAGCCUCCGGCUUUUCCGACGUCGCUCUCGAAACACGCAAUCGAAGCAAACGCGCCGGGGGGGCCCUGGGAGGCCCCAGCGAGGUGUGCAAAGGAGGGUGAGAAGAGCCAGGAAGCGGAAAAGCAGACGCCAGGCAUCCGAGCGCAGGCAACGCAGCGCACGAACGGGGACGAUGUGGAUGAGCAGAAGACCAACGCCAAGGGUGAUCCACCGAGGGGGAGGGGGAAGCAGACGAAAGCCACGUGGAGCACAGCGCAUGGAAGCGGGGGAACGGAAUCGCUCACAGGAGGACAAGGAGAAGAAAGUGCACCAGAGCAAGGCACCCCGGAGCAAGACUCCCUCGACGAUCAGGCAGGGCCUUUCGACAUUGGAGGCGCGGUCGAAGACGACGAGGCGUUUCUCAGAGACCGUGAAGCCGCUGUGGAUUACCUCGUGGAUGCAGCACGAGAAGUGAUAUGCAGUGAGCCGGGCGCUUUCCUCCCGCCUCCUGCCCUCGCUACAGGAGCGUCUUUUUCGGGUGCAAAUUCACCUGGCAGGCUGCGCACGUGGACUCUAGAGGAACUUCGCGCGGAUUCGAAACGGAGUAGGUUUUCGGAGCCCCCAGGUUCAGAGGCGGCCCGUGAAGCCGCAGAGAUAAAGAAAGGUGAUCGGUUGUCUUCGGAGAGAACUAAUGGGCCUGCUCCGAAAGAGGUUCACAGCGAUUCGCCUUCCGCUUGCGAACGCAGCGGAUGCAUGCAUACCCCAGGUGCGUUCCGUGUGGCGCAUCCAGGGCGGCACCUGAGUUUCUCUGUCGCUUUUUGGUGGGUUCCUCCCCCUAUCCGGAAGGAGAUUCUCACGAAGGAAGCACCCGAUAUCCCCGCAUCCACCUGGGAGGAGCUCUACUUCUUCGCGUCUCGGAUUUUCCGACUUCUCGCGCUGCUUGUGGAGCGAGGGCGGCUGGGAUCUGCUGGACAAAACGGGAGGCGAACAGAUGGAGGAAAGCAGGAGAAGAGGGGAGAUGAGACAGGCAUGAAGGAUUCUAAGAGUCUGCGAGGCUCUGACUUUCGUCUUUCCUCGGAUGCGUUGUCGAUUCACCUUGUGGAAGACGUCAGGCAGAAGAACCGAGCAUGGCCAGAGAAAGGUAGACACGGUGAGCCGGCACGUUCUGGCGUGCCUCCCACGUUCCUCUCGGUGUGCAUUGCGGAUCCCCGCGUCGGUGAAGGCGACAUCGCUGCAAUUCUGUGUCUUGUUAACCGGCUAGGCAUGCUCUUGAUGGAAAAUGCAGCGUCAAAUUCCUAA